AUGAGUGGUAUGGGCUCGGGUGACGAGCCUGGCGGUCGGCCGCUCCCCCCGUGGCUGUGUGACGGGGCAGCCGGGUCGCCAACGAAGUCACCGGCACUCAAUCAGCAGCAGCAGCAACAUCAACAACAACCACAACAGCAAUGUCAACAACAGCAACAACAAGAACAACACCAUCAGGCGGCAUCGCCAUGCGCGCACGACGUGCCGAAUACAUUGUCUCUCAUCCUCACCGCGCUGAAGGAGCAGUCCGAGCGCAUCGAAGACCUGCAGGCCACCCUCGUAGAGCGAGGGGCAUACCACACCUGUUUCGACGUGCUGACAAUGACGAACGUUGCGGUGAUAGCUGUAUGUGAGGAUGUAAUCUCGAAUGUACGGACCACUGUCGAGUACGCCGACUUGACGGCCACCUUAACGCUGAGCUUCAUCAGUGGGGAGGUCUCAGUUCUGCUGGAGGAGGCGGACAGCGACGUGGAUUUCGUGGGUGCGAAUUUUAUGUCGGACUGCGUUUCAGACUGCCACCUCCUCACCGACCAAGACCCGUGCUAUGUCGUGGUGGACAUGGACACCGAGAGCAUCACGGAUAUCACGCAGUUGAGGCUGGCCGCCCGCACCGAGGAGGCGACGCAGGAGCUGUACCAGGCUCUGCUGGCGCUGCGUGGACAACGUGUGGCAAGUCCAACAGCGCGCAUUUCUACACCACCAGCGAGGUGCAGCGUCAAGGUGAAAUCUGCUGCAUCGAAUACUUCUCUUGCAGUUGCUGCAGCCCCUCCUGCUGCGGCAGCUUCUUCCAACCGCGUCGCACCGACAUCGCCGCUGGGCAAUGGGUGGACCCCAACGAUGCGUCGGCGCAAGGCAUAG